AUGCCAGACUCCAAUUAUGACUCUCCAUCUGCCUCAGAAUCCUUGUCAGGGAAUUCUCUCCCAUCCAAUUCAGAGGAUGAAGACAAAGCUGUUGCCCCGCCAAGUGAGGGUGCCACUCUUGAACAUUACUGGAAGUAUAUUCAGUACCUUCAGCUUCAAAAGGGUCAGUUGGAGAAUUGUAAUGCACACCUAAAUGUGACAAACCAUGUCCUCCAGUCACAGCAGCCACGAUGUUCUCGCAAAGGUGUCCAUGGCCAUGUGCUGGUAUCCAAUGCAUCUUCAGUGUCAUCAGUCCCGACUUCAAUGACAUCCACAGCUACAACUGGCAAUUCUGAUAUAUCAGCCUUGGAAAAGGUCUUUAUGGACUUGGAGAAAGAAUUUUGCAGCGGAAUGCAGCGAGUAUGCUCCUCACACAUCUAUACAUUGCGGUCUGUAGCCGGGAGUAUCCUUGAGAUGCCUUCUCAAAAUUUUGCUGCAUUGUUUGAUUGCACAGCUGAUGAGCAGAUGGUGGAUGCAAUUGAAUGGGUAGCAGAGAAGGGAAAGGAUUUCAAUGUACUCGAUGCGCCCAUCAUCUACCCUAAUCUAAAGGUCAAUGCCAAGAAGAUCAGGCACUGGGACUAUUUCCUCGAUCUCCUACUCAACUGUCUUCUGAACAGAAUCAUCAAAAAUCUCAACAACUACAUAUUUGAAGACAUUGAUGUGGCAUCGCGUGACGUCAGCCAAGAUGUCAUUGAUGCUCGCAUGGAUCUCAGUGAUUCACUAGAUUGUGUCAUGGCAUGCUUAGACAAUGACAAUCACAUGGCAGCUCCAAUUGCCCCGGGCCAUUCUGCAACUCAUAUUCCUGUACCAGCAGUGGUUGUUGUUACACCUGCCCUGAACCUCACCCAAACUGUUGUGAAUACAUUAUCCCAGCUUACUGUGGACCAACAUGCAUUUUCUGGACCAUCCGCUGCUCCUGUUUCUCUUCCUAUAUCCCCCCCUGUUCAGAUUACUAACAUCCCAGUCACUAUAGUACCGCAAAAUACCGGUGGAGAGUCCAUUUCUUCUGAGGUGAAGGGUCGGAAAAGGGGUCAAAGAAAGAGCAAGACUUUAGAUUCAGAUGCGCCUCCUUGCUGCUCUUCCCGCAAGACUUAG